UUUUGGAAAUAGGCGGGAAACGGACUAGGGUCUUGACUGUUUUAUUUCGGCCGUUCCUUGUCGUGUUUCUAUUUUCAAAACCAAACAAGCCUUUGCUCAACACAAGUAUGGAAGCUCAACCAAAUCCUAAUAAGAAGGGCAGGGCCGGUGGGAAGAAAAAGCAGCAGCUCUUCAGUGGUGACAUAGUCUUCACCUCCAAGAAUGGAUCCAUCCAGACUAUACCUUGUCUGAACAAAAAGCUCAAAUCAGUCACCGAUGCUGUUAUUGGCCUACAGUACAUAUGGGAGUAUAGAAGCCCAUCUAAGUCGGUUCCACCCCAUUACCAGUGUAAACUGUGUAAAGUUCAGCGGCUGCAGAAUGAAAUGGCUGCUCACAUCACUGGCUGGAAGCACAGCUUCAAAUACUUGAAGCAGAACCACAAAGACAAGGUUCCCCAUGAGGAAGAGGCUGCACUUAAAGAUCCAGCCAUCAGGAAAGCCAUUAAAGCUGCUGCUGCUGAAGUGGAAAAAGCUGAGGGAAGAGGUCAAAUCAAGACUGUGCUAAAGGAGCCAUUUGAGGUUAUGGCAUUUCAGGGCAUGAAGUCUGCACAACCCAAUCCAGCAUUUGCAGGAGCUGCUGGUAUUCUUGGGCCUUCUCCCAGAGGGUUAAAACCAGGUGGUCAAUAUGGAGGUCCCAUGUACAUGGGGGAUUUACCACCUCGGGGUGGCAUGAUGCCUAAUUUCUCCCCUGGCAUGCGUGGGGGUAUGGAUGAUCCCCCCAUGAGGAGAGGUUAUUCAGAUAUGGGAGACUUCACUAGCCCAGGUCGCUAUGGUAACAGCAUGCCUGGACCAGACAGGGGAAUGAUGGAAACGGACAACAUGCAACAUUUCCCUGAUGAUGGACCCCUGCGCAUGGGCCCAGAUGGCUUUGGGCCUGGCCAGCGUAAUGAAGGCAGGGGCAGACCUUUCCCUAAUGACAUGUCCAUGAACAGCAGUGGUGACAGAUUAUUGGGACAUGGCCCUAAAGGCCCGGAGAACAAUAGCCUCCCUGCAACACUGCUCAAAUAUCUGGACUCUUUUCGUAUUGAUAACGAGGACGAUGCUCAGAUCGUCUUGAAGGUCACACAGAAGCUCACAGAUGUUCUGAUGGAGUAUCGCCUCAGAAGUAUUUCAGCGGUGCCCAGUGUGAAGCUGCUGCCCUCCAUGAACUUCUCAUCCUCAUGUCUUCCACACAACUCUAAGGACAGUUUCUCCAGCGGCAUGCCAGGACUGGCAUGUGAGUGUCAGACUGGUUUCAGGGUGCUGGUCAGUAAUGGGGCGUCCAUCACGUGCCAGCAGUGUCCUGAUGCUAAUCAGGGGGUCACCCAGGAUGGGUAUGGAUGUAUCCAUUGUCCUGGAAGUGUAGGGGAUAACGGCAAAUGUCAGUGUCCUAAGGGUAGUGUGCUGGUGGAGAGAGAAUGGAAUGGGAAUCCUUUAAAUGAAGCGCAAUGUGAGGCGUGUAAUGCAACAGAGCCUGCUUUUUCUGCCCCAGAUAUGACAGGCAACAGGUGUGUGAGAUGUGAGGAUUCCUUCAUCAACUCAUCUCAGUCUUGUGUUUGCGGGACUUCAAACAUACAGGCAGGUGGGAUGUGCUUCCCUCCAAACAGUCUGCCUGCGUCAGUUUCCUCAAAUGUAAUCUUUGGCCAACUGGCCCUUUCCGUCACAUCGUUAUGGUUUUCAAGCUUUAUGUAUUCUUCAGCAGCUGCCUGUUUGUUGUUCUCAAACCGGACAGCAUGUCAGUCUCUGGGCAACAUGUGUGUGAUGAACAUGCACUCCUCUAGCACCAUCAACAAUGAUGCCUGUGGCCUCUACAACACAGUCUAUAGAGCUGCUCAGGGCAGCAGCCAGGACAUCUCCUACUGGAGAACAAACCUGCCUUGGCUCUACUAUGGAGACCAGCUUGGGUUGGCAUCACGGAUUCUACAGAAUGAGCCACUUCCUGUUGGAUUCAGCUUUAAAGGGACACAGAAGAACACUAACAUCGAGCUGCGAGCUGCAGUUUACUCAGUGCGUGGGGAGUUUCUGAGAUGGGAGAGUGUCGGUGGAGGAAACCUCCAGCUCUGUCCAGACACCCCUACCAGACAACAGUCCGCUUUCAUGUUUGGGACAGCCUACAAGCAGAGUUGUGUGCUGUCUGUGUCAGAGCUUCUGAAUGGGUAUCCGGAGCCUGUGUUCUAUGACGUGUUCCUGGUCAUUCAGAAGCCACAGGAGGACAAGCGUCUUCUUGCAGUGCCUCUCCUAAAUAUCAACCAGCAGUUUAAUGGCCAGUUCACUAAUCAGGGAUCUAGCAUGAAUAACUGGUACCUGACCCGGAGGCUGAUGCUUGUGGACACAUUGAGUGGAAGGGAAAAGUCUUUGAGUUCUUCACCCAAGGUCAUACGUGUGGCCUCUAACAUUAAGAUCGGGUUUCAGCUGGUGACAAAUACACAGAAGGGACAGGUGUACCCCCCUCUGAUGACUGUGACUUACUCGGAUAUACUUGUCACUGACCCCACCACACAGACUGUUACAGUGUCAUUCUCUCUUGAAUAUACGAUGGACCAGGAAGAAGCUCGGGUCAAAACUGAUAUUGCUCUUGGUGUGCUGGGUGGGGUGGCUGUUGUCCACUCUUUAUUGAAGACAGCAAGCUGGAAAAGAAGAAUCGCAUCUCCUCUCAUUGACCUGCAGACCAUUAUGAAGUUUCUGGUGUUCUAUGCUGGUGACCUGGCAAAUGUUUUCUUCAUCAUCACUGUUGGAACAGGCCUCUACUGGCUCAUAUUCUUUAAGACAGUGGAGGCCCAGCUAUUUGUGUCCGUGUUGCUGCCAUUACCAGCUCAGGAGGAGCGCUUUGUUGUUUAUGUUGGCUGUGCCUUUGCUUUGAAGACUGUACAAUUUCUUCAUAAGCUCUUUGUUCAGCUGUCUGUGGAUAUUUUCUUCAUAGACUGGGAAAGACCUCGUAGUAAAGCCAGUAAACAUGUGGAGGGGUCUGGUGAAGCAAAAAGUCAAGCAUCUCCUGUCAGUAUCUGGAGAACAUAUUUUGUGGCCAAUGAGUGGAAUGAGAUUCAGACCAUUCGCAAGAUCAACCCCACUUUUCAGGUCAUCGCUGUGCUCUUCUUUCUGGAGGUGGUGGGCUUCUCAAAUUUGGCUCUAAGAGACCCCUCAUCUGACCUGCAUCUGUCUCCUGAGGCAUACACACCUCCAUACAGCCUCAUACUCCGCUACGGCGUGGCUUCUGCAAUGUGGCUCUGCAUUGGCUUAAUACAGAUUACAUUCUUCAAAGUAAUCCAUGAACGCUUUGUUGAAGACAAGAUUCGCCAGUUUGUGGAUCUGUGCUCAAUCAGCAAUAUCUCAGUGCUGCUGCUGUCUCAUCGAUGUUUUGGCUACUACAUUCAUGGACGUUCUGUUCAUGGUCAUGCAGACACUAACAUGGAUGAGAUGAAUACAAACCUGAAGAGGGAGGCGGAGAAUCUGUGUGGCCAAAGGGGACUUUUGCCAAACUCAGACACUCAGACAUUUCAGAUUUCAAUAACCAACCGCCUGCGAGCACAGUAUGACCGGAUAAUCGAGCCAAUCAACUGGAGAAGUGGUCCCUCAAGGUUGGUGGAUGCUUCAGCCAAUCCAUGUGAGCAGAGCACAAACGCUUACCAUACUAUGAACCGGUUCCUGGGCUCUGUCAUUGAUCAUGCACAUCGUGAGAUGGAUUACAUAGUGAAAGAUAAGCUGCUAUUUGAGAGAAUCAUCGGUAUGGAGUUUAUAGAGCCACUGGAUAAAAGCAUCUUCUAUAAUGAUGAUUCUCACUCAUUCGCUGAUGUCCUCUUUUAUGGUAAUGAGGCUGUGCUGUUGAUCUUUGACACCCUCUUUUUCUGUGUGGUGGAUCUGGGCAGUCAGAACUUCAUUCUCGCAGCUGUGUUAACAUACCUCCAGCAACUGGUCUUCAGGUUAAUCCGAAAUGGAAUGGGUCGUAGGAACCUAGCCAGCAAAACUCUGGUUGACAAACGAUUUCUCAUCUAGUUCCUCUGCUUAUUCUGUCUGCUCUCUGUUGUCUUUAUGCUGUUCUUUUUUAUGCCAUGGCAGCCUUCAGAUUUCUUCUGCAGACUUUUGUAUUGUUUUUGUAUAAAAAUAUAUUUUUAAAAAUAUAUGAUUUGUGCAGGAUUUUUGUACUUUCUAUGCCAAGACAGUUCAGGAUUUGAUGUAUAAAUGUUUUGAUAUUGAACAUUUUUAAUCAGUUAAAUCAGUUCUUGGUUUUUACAGU